UGAAAGAAUGGAUAUUCCAAUUUCUCAUAAAUGCAAAAAUGAUAAUAAAGUGAAAGUGGAGGUAAAGGAAAAAAGUGAAAAAAUCCGUUUUACAACUGUAGGCGGUGUCAACGGUGAGGAUUUCCUUUUGUUUUUUAAUGUGUGGUUUAUCUUAGGUUUUGAGCUUCUAGCAUUCACUGAUACUUUUAUAUCUCCAGACAUAUCGGUACCUUUCGGGCACUAUGCUUGAACCUUUGAUGAUCACCUACAUCUUUGCUGAAGUGCUGAUCUCGGUGGCCACCCUGGUCGGCAAUCUCCUUGUGGUCUGGGCUGUCAAAGUCAAUCCUGGUCUCCAGGCUGCCACUUUCUACCUGAUAUUCUCACUGGCCAUGGCAGACGUUGCAGUGGGCGCCGUGGCUAUCCCGAUAGCCAUUCUCAUCAGCCUGCGGAUAAGAAUGUCCUUCCACGGAUGUCUGUUCUGCUGCUGCCUUAUUUGUAUGCUGACCCAGGGCUCCAUCAUAUUCUUGACGGGCAUCGCUGUGGACCGCUACCUGCGGGUUAAAAUGCCAGUCAGGUAUCGGACAACUGUUACCAAGAGAAGAGCAAUGAUGGCUGCUGUUUUCUGCUGCUUACUUUCCAUAAUAUUAGGAUUAAUUCCCAUGAUGGGCUGGCACAAUCAACAAAAGAAAAACAUCAGCGAGACUAUAGAGUGCACAUUUACCACUGUGAUGAGCAUGGAGUAUAUUGUCUACUUCAACUUCUUUGUUGUAAUCCUCCUUCCCUUACUGAUCAUGCUGUGCCUUUACACCUCAGUGUUUUUUACCAUCAAGCAGCAGCUUACCAGUACCUUGGGCAAGUGCUUCUCUUCAAAGAAAUACUACCAGAAGGAGCUGAAGCUGGCCAAAUCUUUAGUGCUGAUCCUUCUUCUUUUCACAGUUUGUUGGAUACCUUUGCCCAUCAUAAAUGCUGUGUCCUUGUUUUGCAAUGUUUGCUACAUGCCCCCAGCUGCACUUUACUUAUUCAUCCUUCUCAGUCAUGCCAAUUCUGCCAUGAAUCCUAUAGUGUACGCUCUCAGAAUAAAAAAAUUCAGAGUGACAUUCUGGAAGAUCUGGCAGUGCUAUGUUUCUGGGGUGGAAAAUACCGAUCAGUCCCAAGUGCAUGGUUCUACUGUGCAGUCCUUCACGGCUGAACGGUCUGAAUCUACAUGAACUGACCUGCACAAGUCUAAACUUUUGUAGCUCAGUUUUCAGCAUUAUAGAAAUCUUUACCAUAAUUUUUAUGGAAUGUGGUAAACACUGAGGAGCUUUCGCCAGUGUUCUAAGAAGCAUUCAGAUUAUCCUCGGCUUUAUAUGCACAGCAUAGAUAGGUGUCAAUCGUGAUUAGGUCUAUAAUAUCAUCUGGAUUUUAGAAUGCUUAGUGAGUGCUUCCAUGAGUAUGCCCAGCAUGUUUUUACAAUGUCUAAUUUCUUAGCAUCUAAUCAAUAAAUAAUGUAAUGUCAUUUUCUUACCUGCUUAACCCAGACCAGGGUUACAGAAUGGUGCUGGAGCCUAUCUCAGCUAGCAUAGGGUGCAAGGCAGGAACAAACCCUGGACAGGGCGCCAGUCCAUCGAAGGGUCGAACACACACAGACACACCAAACACAUACUAGUGCAUUUUAAGUUGCCAAUUCACCUAAUUUGCAUGUCCUUGGACUACAGGAGGAAACCACACAGACAUGGGGAGAAACAGAGGGAGGACCUGGGAAGCAAACCCUGGUCUCUUUACUGCGAAGCAGCAGUGCUACCACUGCACUGCCCCAAUAAAUAAAGUAAAAAAUGAAAAUUAUAGGAUUUGAAAAGAGACUGCAUAUAACUAAAAAGAGGUGCUUCCUGGGUUAAUUUGCUAUUCUUAGUUGGCCGCAAGUGAGUUAAGAUGGGUGUAUGACUGUGUGUGAUCCUGCAGUGGUGCUUUCUGCUUUGCACCCGAUGUAAAAUGAGUUCCUCUCACCCUGAGUUGGUUCAAGCUGAUUUUAGAAUGUUCAGUCAGUAAUAGUUUAACAAGUAUUGUGACAUUUUU